GGGGCGUGUCGGAGCGCGCGACACGGCGGCCUGUCGGCUGAUAUGGCUGCAGCGUGAAAGUAUCAGAAAGUAGCGGCAGCAGAAGAAACGGAACCAGCCCGCGGUCCGGGUUCGUGCUGGACUGGAGCGGUUCUACUGAGACAGGAACUUUCAAUGAACUGCACCAGGGCCCUCCAGGUGCUGAGCCCUCGCCCCGGGGGUCCGUCUCCCAUCAUGCCCGUGGACAUGGCCCUGAGGAUCUGCCUGGCCAGCUCUCCUCCUCUGCGCUCCUUCCUCACUGACCACGACAGCCGCUGCUCCCCGUCAGCAGCCGCCGCGUGCGAGCGCUGCGAGCCGCUGCGACCCUGUCUGUCCUCCGGCCGCUGCCACCACGCCUUCGGCAACGACGUGGCCACGGCAAACGCCACCUCCACGGGCGCGAGCGCAGAGACGUGCGGCGGCCCGGCGUGGCCGAGGAGGACGAGGAAGAAGAGCGUGGUGUUUGCAGACUCUCGGGGCCUCGCGCUCGCCACCGUCCACGUCUUCAACGAGGCCGAGGACGACGCGCUGACCGAGCUGCAGUUCCACCUGACGGAGAUAGAGGGCGCCACCGCCGGACCGCACCUGGGAGGAAACAAAGACACUGCAGAUUGUGGUUCAGGCCUGGUUCUGCUCUUCACCCCGCCGGCUGCAGACUAUCUGGACCUGAGGAACAGGCUCAAAGCCCAACGGGUUUGUCUGGAGACCUGCUCUGUCCAGGACCGUCUGCUCUCAGGCACUGUUCAGGUCCGAAACCUAUGCUUUGACAAGUCUGUCUCAGUCCGGAUCACCUUUGACUCGUGGCGCUCCUUCCAGGAUGUUGCAUGUCUGUACCUGAACAACGUCUACGGCUGCCCCGACACCGACACCUUCUCCUUCUCUGUCUCAGUACCGGAGGUUCUCCAACCCUCCAACAGAGUGGAGUUCUGCAUUAAGUACCAGACUCCAGACCAAACAUUCUGGGAUAACAACCACGGGAACAACUACCAGCUGUCGUUGGCAGAUCCAAACGGCAGCCUGACUUGGCUCGCCGAGAGUCCCGCCGGGCCGGAGAUUCAGAGAGACAGCGGCGGAGAGAAGAGGGAAGAUAUGGAGUUUGAUCCCUUUGGAAGUCCCAGGACGUCAGCGGGGAUCUUCCCUGAGUGGCAGAGCUGGGGCUGUGUGGAGACCAGCGCCCCCUACUGGUGAGACCACCACAGGACAUGUUUUUGUAUGUAGCAUUCUGUGAUUUGGUUCCCAAGAUGUAAGAGAUUCACAGGACCCUCACAUGAGCACUGCCACAUUAUGUCCCCUGGAGGUGAUCCAGACCUGUUGGCAGGACACACUUCUUCAUUUGAGUCACUUUAGCUGUCCUAACAUGAGUCUGCCUGGCCAGAGGGUGGAAGGACAACAGCCAAUUCAACAUCAGGUAGUCAGAAGGUCUCUGCCCAACAGUGGCCUAAAUCGGCACCCCAACAAACAAAUCCUGCUGCACUCUAAGAGUCAGACCCGGCUCACAUCUGGUCCUGCUGUGCCCGGAACACAGCCACUGGUGGCCUGGCUGAAUACCUGGGAUGGCCUGAUGGGAACUAUUUAAAAAGUUCCAAAGGGAUUUGGAGGUGCUUUGCCAAGCGCCAGAGAGCCGGACGUGUUUAAAUAUGCAAGUAUGACGACGAAACAGAGAAGCAAAAAAAUAUUCAGAGAAUCAGGAGUCAGAAAGACGUUUUUUAAAGCAUCCAAAGAUUUGGUAACUUUCAAAAGGAUCCACAAGGUGACCUGUAAGGCUUUUGAAGUCUCACACAGACUCAGAAGUGCUUUCUUAAAACCUCAAAGAUCCACAAGGGGUUCAAGGCCUUAAACGUGUUUCAAAACAAGGCUUCAUUAUAAUUUGUAAAACAUUCAGCUCCGUGUGGCUCCACAAGGCUCCAGUCAUCAUACGCUUUUCACAGGAGUUUUAAAUGCACGUAACCAAAAUUAAACAUCGCACGUCUUCGUGUUCUUCAGCAUCAUAGUUGAGUAACCAAGUCCUGUUUUUGACAACUCAGCAACACGAGAAUGGUUGAAGGAGGAUUUCUAAACUUUCAGGUCCAAGGACGUGACAGCCUCCUCCGCGAUUUGAGAUCUCAUUUCCUGCAUUUUCACGUGAGGACCGCUCUUCAGUCCCCCUUCGUUUUCACCAUGAAAGCAGAUUCAUCAUUCUCAACAGAAACCUCUCAGGAUGACUUUAAGUCCUCAAACACUGUGUUCAAAAGACUCCUGAAACCAGUCCCACAAAGGAAAAAUUGCACUUUUAUGAAUUUUAGCUGUUGACUAACUACCGAAAACCUGUUGCGCUUGACUUUGGAUUAAGGUUGUGACACAGUGUUGGAUCCUGUUUGCAUUUUAAACCUCAAUGCCUUCAGUCGCAGUUCACCUUUGAUUCAGUUCAAGGAUCUUUGACUUCCAGGCCCUAGCAUGAAAACCUAGCCUGAGCCUUGAGCAGGGCUCAAUCUAAUUGUCUGGACUUCCCUGAACUUGCAGACUUCCAGAGGUGGAUUAUAGCGUCAAGGUCUCAGCAUUCCUUGAGAUCUGAUGACUGUCACACCUGCCGUAGACUUUUCCUGAUGACUGUAAAGACAUCAGACAAAUGGUAAGACCAGUGUCCAUGAGGGCUUAAGCCUGAUUCAUACUUCACUAUCAAAUCUACGCGUACCCUGUAGCCUACACCAACGGUCUGCAAUAGGCGGCCCGCGGGCCACAACUGGCCCGUCAGCAAUGGCCCACGGCCAGACUGCUUUGAUCGCAGAAAAAUAAAAAAUAAACUGAUGGCGGCUGAAAUAGAUCUCAGUGAUGACCACUACAGUUACUCACAUAAUCACUUCCUCCUAAGUGAUUGUACCUCCAAAAUAAAAGCG